UCUACUUUAAGCAGCGAUUCCUCCUCUUUUCCCGCUUCAACGAGGGCAUCCGCCUUGACUGAUUCGAGUCCUGGUACUCGGUGACGCCCGAGCCCAUAGCGCGGCACAUUGCGCUCGAGCGCAUCGAGCGGAUUGAGCUGGCCCGUCACAACGCCUCCAUCUACGGCUGCCUCGACAAGAUUCAGUUUAUUGUGGCCGAUUUUUUUGAG